AUGAUGAUUCUUGGUGAAAAUGUGAAUACCCUUAAAGUUAUAGAUUCCUCGUUAAGGUUGUUUGUGGUUCCUCUAAGUCUUGGUUCUAUGUGGUUGACUUUGACCAAUCAUCAAAACAAUGAAAUGUAUGGCAAAAUAGAGUUCAGUAAUCUCAAGGGUCUCAAAUUCUUGGUCAGCAUUAGUGCAAUUUCUGCUGCGUAUGCUGUGGUUGCUGUUGUUUCUUCAUGGGUCAAGAACUUGAUGAACAAAGCUUGGAUCUUUUUUGUUUGCGAUCAGGUGGUGGCAUAUUUGAUGGUGGCAAGUGGUGGUAGCUUUGGGGAGAUAGUGUAUUUGGCAUACAAUGGCAACCCAAAGGUGACAUGGAGUGAAGCAUGUUCUUCAUAUGGAAGAUUUUGUGGGAGAUUAAAUCUCAUUUUGGCUCUUCAUCUUAUUGCUUUGCUUUGUUUCUUUCUACUUUCUUUGAUUUCGGCUUUUAGGGUUUUCACAAGAUUUGAACCUCCUCUUUCUUCCAAAGAAGUUGAAGAUGAAAGGACCUAGAUUUGUGUAUUGAUGGGUUGUAGAGUUUUUCCUUUAUUUGGGUCACUAUGGUGUUUGACUUUUGACCAACCAGGUUUUCCUUAUUGUGGUCUUAUUAUUAUUGUAAAGAUAAGUCACGAUUAUAAGGUUUAGAUUUGUAUGGUGGUGUGUCUCACAUCACAUGUUUAUCAUGUUAUGAUUGACGAUAUAAAAAUUUUAAAGCCUUUUACAAAA